AUGACUUCCGAAUAUGGUGAAACCGCUGUCAUUCAGUCUCUUGCACCUGGUCCCACAGAGGGAGUUUCGUAUCCAUUGAAGGUCUUCUAUUGUGGCCAAUGCUCAAUGCCAACCGAGUACUGCGACUACUCAGGCCAAACAGAUCUUUGCCGUGCGUGGGCUACCCAAAAUGCUCCAGAACUUCUUGAAGGACUCGAGAUCUCUGAAGAGCCAGCAGAAGGCGAUGAGAAGAAGAAGCAAAAGAGAGGAGGCAAAGGAUCGAAAACUGGUGCGGCUGCUGCAGCUGGAGGGAAGAAAAAGAGUGGACCAAAGAAGGUAACCCUGCAAAGAGAGCCACGUGGCAAAAAGAGUGUAACAGUCAUUAAAGGUCUUGCGACAUUCGAUAUCGAGCUAAAAGUUGCAUCGAAGCUCUUCGCUCAAAAGUUCGCGUGUGGCUCUUCAGUGACUGGCGCAGACGAGAUUGUCAUCCAGGGAGACGUAAAAGACGACUUGCUGGACUUUAUCCCAGAGAAAUGGCCUCAGGUGACUGAUGAGCUCAUUGAUGACCUUGGUGACAAAAAACGAUGA